UAAAAAAAUUGUUUUCAUUCGAAUAGUACUUGAUCUACUGGACAUCAGAAACUAUAGGAUGGGUUUACAUGAUGAUUUAUUAUUGAAAGAUCGAAUUAAAAACUCAUAUAUAAAGUGCGCAAAAUGCAGUUUACAUUCAAAACGUUUGGAUGGCUGACCAAACUUGGCAAAAAUGUACAAUGUGCAGCUAACUAUUAGUACUAAGCGAGGGAAAGGAGCACGAAUCGAUAUACAUAAAUUAGUUCACGUAAAUAGUCAAGAUUCGCUUUCUAGCGGAAGUUUAAGCACCCUGGAUCAAGACGAAUUUACAUACGUUGAACAUACUCAUUCCGUUGAAGUAUUGGCUGGUCUAGAUGAGUUGCGAAAGUCGAAUACAUUUUGUGAUGUCUUACUGUGCGUGGAAGGAGAUGACUUUCCGUGUCACAAAGUGGUUCUUGCAUCAUUUAGUUCAUACUUCAAAGCAAUGUUCACCAGUGAAAUGGCUGAAAGUCAACAGAGAGAGAUUGUACUCAAUGGAGUUGAGGCAUCCACAUUGAAACUUCUUUUAGAUUAUGCAUAUUCAUCGAGAAUUCCUAUAAACAAGAAUAAUGUUCAAGCUCUGCUUUCAGCUGCUAAUCUGUUGGAAGUUCUUCCUGUAAGGGAUGCUUGUUGUCGAUUUUUGGAGAGACAUAUGGAUGAGACCAACUGUUUGGGUAUUCACUGCUUUGCUGAAGCUCAUGCUUGUGAAAACUUACAAAAGAAAGCCAAGGAAUUUACUUUAAGGUACUUUCCUGAUGUAAUGAAGCAUGAAGAAAUGCUAUCUUUAUCACAAAGUAAAUUCAUCGAACUUAUAUCCAGUGAUACCUUGAAUGUUGAAAAGGAAGAAACUGUUUUUGAGGCAGUAUUACUGUGGCUCAAUCAAGAUGUUGCUGCUAGAAGUGAAGAUUUCCAUCUGGUCUUGGAGCAAGUUCGUUUACCUUUAUUAAGUCCUUAUUACCUUCAUGAUUGUGUUGCUGCAGUACCUGCUGUAGGGACAUCUACCCAGUGCCAAAAAUUGAUUGAAGAAGCCAAACUUUAUAAUUUACUUCCUGAUCGUAGACAUCAAAAGUCAUCUGCUAGAACUAGGCCACGACGAUCAUUUGGUAUAUCAGAAGUGGUUGUUGCUGUUGGCGGAGAGGAUGACAAGGUUGUUCUCCGUAGCGUAGAAUGUUUUGAUCCUGUAAAUGACAAAUGGCUAACGUUAGCAUGUCUGCCAUUUGCCAUAAGCAAGCAUGGAGUUGUUGUUACAGGGCAAAAUAUUUUAUAUGUUGCUGGCGGAGAAUAUCCUGAUGGUACAGCAAGUCGAUCUUUGUGGAAAUAUGACCCAAUAUUUGAUCAGUGGCAGGAAAUGGCUUCGAUGAUAGUUGAACGUUCUGAGCUUGGUUUGGCUGUUCUGGAUGGUUUCAUUUAUGCCAUUGGUGGUUGGGAUGGAGCGUCCAGAUUAAAUAGUGUUGAGAAGUACAAUCCGAGCAAUAAUACGUGGGAGUAUGUGGCUCCCAUGAAAAUUUCGCUUACUAGUCCUGCUGUAAUUGGCCAUGAAGGACAUCUUUAUGUCACUGGUGGUGCAGUUUUGGAAGAUGGAGAUGGCAUAGAUUUGGUCCAACGCUUUUGCCCAAUGACAAAUGUGUGGUCUGAUAUGGCACCCAUGCUGAUUGCUAGAUCAGGCUCCCGAGCCUGUGUUGUGAACAAUUUAAUUUAUGUAAUAGGAGGCUGGCAUGCUUCCACAGAGAAUACAAAUAAAGUGGAAUAUUAUGAUCCAGAAAAGAAUGAAUGGCGCUUUUGUAAGCCCAUGUUGGAGAGGCGAUACCAGCCUGGUGUUGCAGUUGUAGAUGGAAAGAUAUAUGUUUCUGGAGGAGAGGAAGGAUGGGACCGUUACCAUGAUACUGUUGAAUAUUAUGAUCCUGAGACAGACCAGUGGUUAAUAGCAGGGGUUAUGCAAACUGCACGAAGUUGGUUGUGCUGUGCUACCUUAAGGUUAUCUGUGGAUAUCAGAGUAAAAGAACGCUCUUGACACCUAGAGUACAAUCAAAUGGCUUCUUACAUAGAAAUUUUUCUUACUAUUGCUGAUCAAGUUACUGACAGAAUAGAAGAAAUGGAACAACUCCACCAUCUCAACACCUUACUACCUUACUUAGAAGCUUGGGAUUGAGCACUGACAUAACAUAAAGUAUUUUACAGAAAUUUUUUUGGAGAAAAUAGUCUGAUAUUUUAAUUGCAAUCUUUCAUCCUUUUUCUUUCUUAAUUUUUAUAAAUGAGUCUUUCAUUUUCCUGAAAAUUGCUUAUGUUUAUUUGUAACUUAUUUUUCCAAGACUGAGUUGUGAUAAUAGAACAUUCCAAUAUUUGUUCUUGUAAAUUAAGAAGUGUAAAAUAGCCAUUAAUGGUGUUAUAUUAAAAAAAAAAAAAACACAUGUUUUGACUGAUUUUAUGAAUUAUGUUUUUAAAAAGUCAGUAUCUUGUGAAGAAAGGGAUAGAGAAAUUUAUGCAGUUAACACAUUUGUUUAUUUAUUUUUGUGAAACUCAUUUACAAUUUUUUAUUCAGUCUUUGAAACAGCUUUCAUAUAAUAAAAUAAUCAGGGGUUGUUUUUUUUUAAUUUAAAGAAACAAAUUAAUUACAAUUUCUUAAAUCAAGUUAAAUCUUUUUUUGGAAAUUGUUAAAGUCUUUACUAUCGGAAUUCAAAGAAUUUUCUUUGUUAAAGAAUGUAUCUAAGUGAUGUUUUGCAAUUUCCUGUUUUAACCUAAUAAUUUUGUAAUGGAACUGUUUAUGUUUCUCCAUUGUUAUUUUAACAUGUCAUGUUGUAGGUUACUGGUGAUUGAUAGAAUCUUUCCAUGCAAGUUAUAGCAAUCUGCAGUAACUAACAAAACACAUUUAAUACAUAUAUAUUUAAAAACUUUAAAAUGAGAGCUAUUGGUUCUUAGAAACAAAAAGAGGAGUGAUAAUUUAUUAAGUGCAAGUAUGCUUAUUACAUUCAUCUUUCUUACGCCUAAACAUCAUUAGUUGUUUGUAAAAAUUCAAUUAUAAUGCAGUUCUAUCACUGUUCUGUUGUCUUUUUUUUUCCCCUUUUUGGUACAUAUGCUAAUCAUCCCUUAAUAUAUAUUCUAAGUAGGUAAUAGAAUUCAUAGCUGAAAACCUUUUAAUCAAAAACUCUCAGAUCUAUUGGUCACUUAAUAUUGACUUUCACUCAUUUGCAAAUUAUUCAUAUUCUUUUAUUGGCUGACAAUUGUUACGAUUUAUAAAGUUGCAUUGCAUAAAAAAAAAUCUUGUGAAAUAAUAAAUAGUCAUUAAUAAUGUUUAAUAAAUAAUCAGAGCUAAUGAAAAUACUUGAAGCAACCAGCUUUAAUUCACUAUGGUUUACUGUGACAGUUAAUGAAGCUUAUUUUUAAUAUAUAUAUUCUUUAUUUUAUGUAUUAUUGAUUGUAUCUUUUUAUAUAGAUUCUUUAUCUUAUGCACUACUGAUGGAACCUGCUGAUUUUCAAUUUAGGCUGUGUGUGCAUGUCUAUAUGCACCAGUGUAUUAAUAUCUUAAAAUAAAUAAUGUAUUUUCUAAUAUUAUGCAACAAAGAAAUGGAACAUAACAAUUAGUUUACAAACUCUUAAGUAAAGUUUUUAAUGAUGAACCCAAAAUCCAAAAAAUAGUAUCUAUACUCUGUUUCACCCUAACUUGGCAGUAGUGUAUAUUCUAGGAUAGCCGAAUCGCAGUCGUUGUCAGGGGAACUGGGUUACUUUAAAGUACAAAGUUACUAGAAAUGCAGACCGCUGGCGAAACUUUAUCUCGCAAAUUUUUCGCCAAAUAGUAAAUAUUUAUUUACUUUAUUAUAUUAUCACUUUUUCGGAGAAUUAAUUGUUUCCUUAUUUUCAUUAUUUCUUCAAUAUUAUAGAUACAUUGUUUUAAUAAAUCAUUAAUGUUAUUUCAUUUCGUUUCAUCGUUUCUCAAAAGAAAACCCUAAAUCUUUCAAUAUUCUGUAAAGCGUAGUUCGGCUAAUGUUUUUCCAAAAGAUAUCUGUAUCAUCGUUCACAUCUUUUAAAACUUUAUCUAAUGUUGGGAUCUCAUUUCUACGAAAAAAUGCAUGGAUUUUUCGUCAAAUAUAGGAUAAUGUAAAAUCAUCAUAUUUUACAAGACCUGAAUGUUUACCUACUGAGCCAGGUCGCUUCUUUCCAGGGAUACUUAAAGGACUGGAUGCCUUUAUUUUUUUUAUUUUUUCAAAAAGAAAACUGUUUAUUGCGAAACACCUGUAAGAUGAGAAACUUUAUCGACGAUUUGAUUGAUAGAAUCUUGAGGGUUUUUUCGGAGUCGAGAAUAAACAUUUAAUAUGUUUCUGCAUGCUUCACUUUUUGUUGGUUUCAUUCGUCUUGAAGGUGUGCACAGCUUAGUCGGUGAUAACACUUUCUAUUUUUCAGAUAUUUUAGAAGUGAAUAAAAAUGACGAAUUGAAUAAAUAUUCAACAAUCAAAACUAAUAACUACUAAUGUGAUUAAUAGUAUCAAAAAUAUCAGCUGGUAAAAAGGCGAGAAUAAAGAAGUACGAAAGCUGAUAACGGUUGUGAACUGAAUGAAGCUGAGUUGGCGGAAACGCAAAAGAAAAGCGCGCCAAAUACUUGACCUUGAAGACCGGUUCUAGCCAAAGUGGAAUUCAUUAUGUCUAUCUUUUAGUUUUAUUCGUUCGCUUUAUUUACAGAAUACUUAACAGAUAAGCACUUCUAACUUGAGAAUAAUUUUAAAUACAUACUGAUCAAAAAAAGGAUUUCUGUAAUUUAUGAUAUUAUUUGAUAAAUUUCCGCGCAUUUUAACUAUUUUAAAGUCGGAAUUGAUGGGGAACUCUUUCCCAACGCGGAGCGUCACAUUUUCUACCUUUUACAAUACUGCCAAGUUAGGGUGAAACAGAGUAUAAUUCUUAAUUACAUAAUUUUCCAAUCAGAAGUACUUGUCAUGCAGCAUCUGGAUGCAAUUUCAUUUAUUUUUCUGUAAAUCGUAAUGCAGUGUUAUAAAUCAUGAGUGAUGAAAUUUUAUGUGAUCUUAGAAUACCUCUUUAUUUGCACAUUAAAAGGUUUCAUUUCUUUGUUGCUCUUGCAUGAAAUUUUAAAUACUACAAUUUAUCACAAAUAUUUAUGAAUGAAUUCAAGUAAUUUGAAAGAUGAUGGUAAAAAUUUUAUCUUGCAAUUUGCCUAAAAUAAUGUCCUAUCUUUCCAUCAGUAAUGAACAUUAUGAUUACGAUUACUUAUUAUUUUUUGUAUAUAUGUGUCACUAUAUUAGGAUGAUUUUUUUAACAAUUCUAUAUUAUGAAGAAAAUUGUAAACAUGUUAAUGAAAUUACAAAUUAUUAUAUGCUGUUAUUCAGUGAUUUUAAAUAGUAUUUGGUCAGAUAUAUAUCUAUUUCAGUAUAUUCAACUUUAUUUUCUUUUGUUAUAUGUAAUUAUAUUAAUUAUAUGUAUGAAAAUAAAAUUAUUAAUUAACAAUAAUUAAUUAAAAAUUAUUGUUAAUGUAAUUAAUUAAAUUAAAUCAUAACCAUGGUUGUAAUAGUCCAGAAACUUUUAGAAUUAAAGUAUAUAUGGUGCCUGUCACAUCUCAGCUUAUUAUUUUAUUGUUGUUUUAAAAAUUAUUAAUUCAACAUUCUGCACUAUGCAAAGUAUAUACUUAAUUUUUAUCCCCUGCCAUGAUUACUGGAGUCGUCUGUCAAAAUGACGAUUAUCUAUUGCUAAUCGCUCAUUUGUCUGAACAGAGUUAUUGUAAAUGAAUAUAUCUGUAAAUAAAUGUGAAUAAAUGUUGUAUUGUUGUAUUCAAAAAAAAAAUUUGUUUACUCUACUAAGUAUGCUCCAGAACAUAGCUAAUACAAACCUGCUUGGUAUUCGAAAGAAAUAAAAAAGGAGGGAAAACUUCUGAACCAAAGAAUGAGAAAGAGCAGGUGGAAAAAAGAAUUCUAGAUGGAGUAUGUUUGUGUAAUGUGUUCACUACUUGAACUAAAUGAAAUUUUCAUUAAGAUACUACUGUUGUUCAUUGUCUAAAUAAUUAAAAUAAAAUAGCACAUGUUACUGUUUUAAAUAUUUGUCAAUAUUUACCAGUUGAAAAAAAAAUGUAAAAAAUAUGCAUUAUUGUGGUUAAAUUUGCAUUGCUUUUUUCAACUUCUGAAUGGAUUUGGUUGAUGUGAUAUUGUGGUGAAAUAAUUGUAUAAAUGUCUAAUUCACUGUAUAUAUGUCACACAAUUAUGAAUUUCUUUACUUUUCAGAUAUUUGAUUUAAUUUAAAAUUUUGUGUAUCUGUAAUUCAUUCAAUUAAAUUUGAUUUAAAUCAAUUUUUAGUAUGUGAAUUUUUAUUUCAGUUAUAUAUUAUUGAUAUUGGUUUCCACUUUUGAAUAUUGAAAUGUUGACAACAUUGUGUAAAAUUUUUCUUGAAAAUAUUAAUUUGUGUGUAAAAUAAAAAGGUUUUUACUUAAAAUAAUUCUUUUAAUAUUUUUUUUAAUGUGAAUUCAUUUUCAACUAUCUUUAUAAAGAUUCAUUGAAAUUCUUCUGAAAAUUUUUUAGCCAUGUUUUUUUGCAUCUAUUUCAUCAAUAUCUAUGCUAUGCAUUUAAUUUCAAUCAUAAGGAUUACCGAUUCUGAGAUGCAUAUGAAAAUUGUAAUUAUGGUAAAACCAUGGGUUUUCAGAUUUAUAAUUUUAAAACAAAAAAAUUCAUCUACAUAAAUAUUUAUAAAAUUAAAUUGUUUGCUGUUCUAAAUUAUUCUUGACUUUUGCAUUAAUUAUUCUUUUCCUUGUAAGUUUACAUUAAUUUAGAUUUCAUUGUUAUGCUGUAAUGAUUAACUUUUAUCUAAUAUUAAGGAGGGAUUUUUUUUUUUUUUUUUAAAGUUUGCAUUCGAGUAGCUUUUGACUUUUUUUUAUUAUAUUUUAAUUAAUGUAUAUGAAUCAAAUCAAAACUUAAAAUAAAAAUUUUGGAAUUAAAGCAUAGCAAUUUUCUUAAGCCAUUAACCAGAAAAAUAUUUUUUAUAGUUUUGUUAUUACAUGCAUUGUAAACAAUGAUUUUUAUUCUCUCUCUCUCUCUUUUUUUUUUUUUCAUAAGAUUUAUUUUAUAAAUAUUUGAUGCACUUUGUUCAAAUUUUAUAAAUGUGUUGCAUGUGCCAAAUGUUUUAUUGUAAAAGCAAAUCAUUUAGUAUGAGAAUAGGUGAUGAUUUUCUCAUUUGUAGAGUGUAAAAAUAUUGAAAUUUGUCUUAAUAGAAUCAGUAUUUUUUUAAUUAUUAUUUUACUGCCGUAAUAAAUGAACUACAUUAUUAUUUCACUAUUUGCAAAGUGUUCCUUUAGAGUGUAAUAUGUGAAAAGCCAUUACAGUUUGCUGGUUUGAUCCCAUUUCUCUCAAAAUCCAUUGUGAAAUGUCUUCAUGUAAGUCAUGUUGAAUGUAACUUGUGAUUCCUUUCUGCAUAGCAAAUACAGAUUUUGUAACUUUCUGUGAACGCUCCGCCUGCUCUUUCUCAUUUGCUGGUUCGUUAUUCUCAGAUGCUGCUCCUAUAUUUCGAAUAGCCAUUGCGGGUUUGUGAUAGGGUUCUGGAAAAUGCUAUUAUGUGUUCUCAGAAAGUUAAAUUAUCUGUAUUGUUUGUGUAUUGCAGCUGAAUGGUUUUCACUAAAUUAUCAUCUGUUAAAAAUAGUUGUAUCUUUUGUUUUAUUGGAGUUGGAUGAAAAACUGUACUUAGGUAGAUCAGCUGUUAAAUGCCAAGCUUUCUGAUAGAGUUUGAAGGUGCUACUAGUGUACUGCUAACUUUGCAUUUAUAGAUAGUUAUUUAUAAAAAAAAAUUAAUUUCAAUGCAUUUAAUAUUUUUGUGUACAUUUUCUAAAAAUAUUUAUUAACAUAAAAUUGCAUUUAACAUGGAAAUUUAUGGCACUUUUUUCAGUUAUUGUAAAAAAAAAAAUAAAAAAUAGAUCAAAUAUAUGUUACUUAUUAAAUUAUCUGAGAAAUAUCGAGCUAUGUAGAUUUUUUGUCUUGUCUUGUGUUGUGUUACUAAGUGUAAAAGUUCGUUAGUUUUACGUCAGUGUUUAUUGUGAUAUUUUUAACACUUUUAUUUUGAAGUAAUGUAACGUGCUUUUUUUAAAUUUUUUUUUUUUUUUUUUUUUUUCUAUUUUGAAAACUAAGUGCGCAAAAUGUUUGAUAGCACCGAAGAUGAAUUCAUUUAUUUAUAACAUUUUUGUCUGUGAUGUGUAUUUAAAAAUACUAUAUAUUUGAAACUUUCUGGAUAAGCACUUCAAACCCCCAAUGAAUUUGCUGUUAUAGUCUAAUAUCGACACUUAACAAAAUGAAUAA